GUGUCACCAGGAGCAUGGCUCCCAAAAAGGACAAGAAAAAGAAAGAUGAAACUGCGGUACCAGAGUUGGUCACUGCUUACAAACCACGAGAAGCCCUGCCACCGACAGAGCCACCAGAUGCCUCGCAGGUGGAUGCAGCCUGGAAGUCUAUGCGAGACCAUUUUGUGAUGCCGCUCCCAGAAUGGAACUCUGAAGACGUUGACAUCACAGAAUGGAAGCCCAAUGAGACAGAGAAUCAGUUCAUUAGCAACCUGUUCUCUGUGACCAGUAUGCCUCGCAGCUUCAUGGGCGUUGUUGCUGGUUGGCGGCGUGCUGGUGCGUUUGCUGCCGGAAGGGGCGACCUGUUGCCAGAGGAACCAGAACCUCAGGUGCAACCACUUCCUGAACUUAAAGAAGAACCCGCCGAGCCUGUGCCGGAUCCCAAAGCCAAAGCCAAACCAAAGGCUGACUCCAAGGCAAAGGCCAAGGCAAAAGGGCAGCCAGCCGAGGAAGCACCAGAAAAGCCAACAACAAUGCAGCAGUAUGCAGACUGCACCUAUCAGGGGGAGGCACGCGUGGUAAGUCAGGCAGAGUUUCGAUCGCGUGAUUUGUUGCUUGACUUGGACGAUGCCACGCCACAGCUGAGUCAAGCAAUCGCCUCACAAUUUGCUGCGGUUGCUGAACACAGACUGCUUCUUCCUCGUGGUACCUUUCUGUGGGAGCUAAUCUAUCCCCAGGAUGAAGAGGGCAUUCCGCUUUUCAAUCCUCAUGGGAAGUACAUUGUCAAGCUGUUUGUCCAGGGCAAGUGCAGGAAGGUGCUUGUCGACGAUGUUGUCCCGAUCGGCUAUGCGAUGCAUGGGAACAACAUGUACGCUCCGCUUUUGCCUACCAGCAAUGACAACAACAUCAUCUGGCCGCAGUUGCUUGCAAAAGCUCUGCUUCAGGCUUUUCAAGACGAUCUUGGCAUGCCGGUUCUGCCGUGCAUUUCUGCUCUGACUGGGUGGAUGCCGUACCAGCUGCCUCUCUCCUGGACCGGCCUGCAAGGGUUAAAGUCCGUCCGAACAUUCUGCAGCUUGCAGUUCAGCUCACAGGUUGACUUUGAGGCUCGGCAGCGAGCAGAGUUGAUUCCAACUAUUCCGCAAGCGGAGGCUGCUGCUCGCAAGUCCUUGGCUGCCAAUCAGCAGGUGCCACCGCUAACCGUGCAAGGAGUGCCGGAACAGAAUCUCAAGCUCGGAAGCCAGCCAGUGGAGGCUGUCUUGGAAUUCCUGAUUUGUGAGACGGAGGAGGAGCCUCGACAGGUUCGCCUCAAGGCAGAUGCCUUUGUACCACAACAUGGCACUCCUCGAAAGCAAGUCCGUGAUGCAGGCAGUGAGGAAGAGGACGCCUCUGCUGAUGCGGGCAUCAAUGAACAGCCUGCUCAAAUAGACGAGGAGGUUGAUGAUUCUGAUCGCGAUGACCUUGACGAGGAUGAUGAUCGCUCUCAGAAUACUCCCUCCGGAGAUGCAGAGGGCACAGAGAAGAGAACAGACCAGGGCGAAUCUGUCAAUGGUGAAGGGCAAGAGGAGCCAAAGCCGGACGAAGAAGAAGAGCAAGUUGAGGACAGCAUGCCAUGGGUGCCACCUUGGCCGGAGACAAAUCCAGCUCCUCUGAUGAUGAAAAGCUCGAUACAAGAAUUCCAAGCUCAGCUUGAAGGAGGUCAGUGGGUCAGCUUCGAUGAGCUCGAAACGAGCGCCAACUGCCUUUGCAGUUACAUCCCCCCUGGAGAUCAUGUCUUGAGUGCCUCAUUGGAUACUUGCUGGGGUGGAGAACGUGCAGAGGCAUACCUUCCUCCGCCGACCAGAUUGCUACGCAUCCGUUUGGCGCUGCAAGAGCUGGAUCAGAGCCCACCGAGGAUCAGAACGGAAUCUGUGGAUGCCAAGCCAGUUCCCGGUCCUCCAUUGUUCCAAACAGUGUUCUUCUACGAGCCCUUGAGACCAAACUACAGAUUGGACGAGUCUCCGCCGCCGUCGACUCCUUGUAGCUGUGUAUUGCAGGCCAUCAACAACUGGCGACCAAACAGCUCAUCGUCCCGCAAGCAGGUGCUGCAGCCUCCCAGCAGUAUCAACUUAACAGUUGGCGACGGGACACCCAGCAGUGGUUCAGUGUUCCAGUCCAUGUUGCUACCACCAGGAGAACACUGGUAUUUGAUAAAUGAUGAUGCUGCAGAACAAGCUGGCUCAGUGCUUUCGAUCAGUGUCGAAAGCUUGUUGCUGAAUUCGUCAAAGUCAUGCGUCGAAUUCUUAGAGCCCGAAAAGGCUUUGGCAAAAUAUCAAACUUCCGCGCUUUCUAUUGGUCCUAUACAUUAUCCUGUCCGCACAGGAUACAAUGUGUUGGCCAAGGCCGAAAUCCAAAUUGCGGAGGAGCAUCUGCAAUGCUUGCAGCUGCUGUGCCAUGUAACAGAUCCAGCACUGUGGCCUUAUAUUCAAUUGUCUUGCCUGCAAGUAUCUCAACUGGAGGCGUCAGAUGAAGACAAAGCACGUUCUGCCAGCUGGUCUGUGACGACAUUGAUGAAAUCACCAGUUCUGCGCGUGAUGUCUUUGCCGCUUACCGACAAGGCUGCAGGCGCAGCCAAGUAUGUCCUAAUGCUGGAAGCCAAUCUUCCUCAAGAGGUUGUUCCGAAAUCUACCGGAGAACUCUCACUUCAGCUAUUCAUACCAGCAGGCAGCAACCCUUUGGAGACGGAUUUGGACACAGGUACGGCCGACAAAGAUAAAGAUGCAACUGAAGACACAACGCAAGAAGAGGGGCCUCUUCAGCUACAUAUGCUCACGGUGGAUCAAGUGCUGCGAUGGCAAGGCGAAUGCCACGAGAAUGACAAGGGGCUUGUGCUUUGCGAGCGCAUCACAGUACCUCCUGAAACAGGCGACGUGACCAGCACACUGAGGGUAUCUGUGGAUGGUCUACCUCAGGCUUUCCUCCGCGCAACUCUGGUUGCUCAGAUGCCACCGACUGAGGAAAUGAGACCUCCGAAUCCAGAAGGAGCUCCAUUGGAGCCACUGGUAGCAGGAGCUCCAAUCAACCCUCGUGACUACAGUGGGCGCAGGAACUGGUUGUCGCGCUGCAAGAAGGUGGCAGAAACCAGUGGGCUGGAGAUUAUCUCCUUUCCGCAUGUUCUUCUAGCAGAAGCAUCGACUUAUAUCCUGUAUGUUCAUUUGGAUGAAUUCAGAGGGCCUGCUGGUCUCGAAGGUGGAACUUGGCUGUUGGAGAGCUUUGGUUCUGGCUCCUUGGAGGUUGGCUCUGAUGCCAUGGAGCAAGACCUGGAGGAGUUGGUCCGCCGAUCAUGGGCCGAUGGGGGGCCGCAGGAUGGAGAUGCACCUCCGCGAAGCGAGACCGCGGCUGCUGCGCGGGAGAGCUGGCUCACAGCCCGGUCCAAAGAUUCAGAAGCCGAGGCUGAAGCAGAAAAUGAGGAGCAGUUGAAGCAGUUAGCAGAGGCUUUGGAACGCACCAAAAAGGUGAAGCAUCCCAAUAGCACCAUUGCAAAGUUCUUGAGUGGCCAUGCAGACACUCCAGCUUUGCUCAUUCAAGAGGAUCCAUACAUAGUGGCCCCGGACAGGCCAGAAUGGAAGCCUUCAGAAGACACAGAUGGAACUGCAGAUGAGACUCGUGCAGAGGACACAGAGGCUGCAGUGGCAGUGAAGGCCAUGGGAACUCAAGGAGAGAGCGAAGCUCGUGCUGAGGAGAUCGAAAUUGCGACUGCAAGGUGGUCAUCUGCACACGAAAGCCUUGAGGCGGCAAAAGAGCGCAAUGCAAGUCAGAUACAGGAGUUGAGGCAGUGGCGCGAGGAGCGCAGGGCUGCGCCUGGUGGUGUUGAAGGGACGUCCUUUGCACCAACAAGACGCGAAUUGAGGGGUCUUCUUCACUCUCGCAUGGAAAAGUGUGCAAUUCUGAAGGUUGCCGUACUGGAUGAGAAGCGCACGGAUCCCGAGCCAUUGAGAGUCGCCCUUUCGGAGGCAGAAGCUGCAGGCUCCAGAAACUACGACUUGAAGUUGGUGGAAAGUGCCACAAAGAAGUUGCGAGUUCUGGACGCCGCAGUUUCUUUCCAGGAAGCCUUGACGAGUAUGGAGAGCAAGGCUGAGGCUGAAACCGCUGCGGUAGCAGCAGUUGCAGCUGCGGAAGAAGGAAGUGAGAGCUAUACGCAGGCCAAAGAAGCCGCAACAACAGCUGAGGAGGAAGCAGCAUCAGCAGCCAAAGCCCUUGAGGAGUUGCUCGCCGAGUUCAAGGCUAGCAUGAAGGAGGCCAGUGCCAAUGAGAUUCGAUUGCCUCCAGAACUUCUGAACGAGGAGCCCAUGGAAAAGGCCGCAGAUAUUCUGAAGCAAAGCUCCGCCGAAGCCGCGGAGUGUGUGGAGCCCGAUGCUACCUGAUGCCUAAAACUGGCAUAAGGUCAUUCACAAUAUUGAGCCGAAUGUGAUUUGGCAAUGCGAAUUUGGUGUGCAAGUUCGUCGUCUAGUUGUUGUAAUGACAUUGAGACAUACGGGAUUGGCAUUCUUCAUUCUCUGCGUGUAAGUCUUGAGCUUUCACACAUUUGUUUCACACGAGAGCCUGGUUUCUGCCCGGUGAAAAA